AUGUAUUAUCGAGUAGGGUCACCGAGGGUUGCAGCAUCGACGGCGCGGAUGUCGACGGAUCGGAUCGUCCUAGAUCUCAGCAAAGGUUUCGAGCAUUAUCCUGCAAACGACUUUACCUUCGUUGAGGCUUUGGCAACUAGUCUUGACACGACAUCACGCACGAUAUCCUACUGUAAAGAGACGACCUCUGAGGAAGAGCGUCUUUCGUACCAUGCUCUAAUCAUAGCAACUGGUAGCAGGACGUACCACCAGGCCUUCUCGCAAAGCGGAAACCUUUCGACUACCCUAGACGCAAUUCAGGAUAUCAAUACCAAGGUUGAGACUGCGCAGAAGAUAGUUAUUGUCGGCGGUGGUCCAACUGGUGUCGAAUUUGCCGGUGAAGUAGCUGAGCAUCGUAACGGCAAGCCCGGCUGGUUUCACGUCAUAAAACCCAACGCAGAGAUUACUCUCAUCACUAGUGGCAAGCGUCUACUCCCGACUCUUCGACAUUCCAUCGGUAAAGCCGCUGAGGCAAAGCUGAUUGCCUUGGGCGUCGACGUUACCUAUGGUACGCGCGUGACCAAUACAAGUAUUGAAAACGGGAGCACGAAGAUCACAUUGCAAGACGGCAAGGAACUCCAAGCAGAUUUGUAUGUUCCCGCUCACGGAGUUCAGCCAAAUUCGUCAUGGUUGCCCCAAGAACUCCUUGACGAGAAGAUGUAUCUCAAGACGAAUAGCCAAACUCUCCGGGUUGACACUGCCGGUCCACGCGUUUAUGCCCUCGGGGACAUUGCUUCAUACUCAAACAACAAUAUACAAAGCAUUACGGAUGGCCAGCCAGUGCUUUACAUCAACCUGAAACGAGAUUUGCUCUCAUUCGAUCCCAGAUCACCCGACGCGGGACCUAAGGGUAACGACAAAAUAUAUACACCAGAGACAAGAGAGAAUCAGAUUGUACCGAUUGGCAGUCAAGGCGGCGUGGGUGCAAUUUUAGGAUACAGACUACCGAGUUUUCUAGUGUGGCUGAUCAAGGGUAGGGACUACAUGGUGAAGAUGUAUGGGGUACCCAUGGCAAGCGGAGCUAGCGUGAGUAGGGAGUUCACGUGGACUGAAGAGAGUACAAAUUAA